ACGGCGUCAGGCGCGGCGCGGGCAGCUAUGGCGGCGGGCGGGGGGUCCUGAGGCGGCCGUCUCCAUGGCAACGCGCGUAAACAGGCGGCGCUGCGGGGCAUGGCGGCGAGGCGGGCUGAGAAGCGGACCUCUCCUGAAUCUUCCUCGAAGAUUACAAGUUGCCAAACACGCAUCUGCAGUGUGAAACCUACCCUGUCCAAGAAACAGAAGGCUCUGUCUUUCCAGCUUUCUGCUAGAGGCCAAUGGUCCAUGUGGCCCGCAUUUGCAGCUGGCCAGACAGUCCUAAGGAAUCACAAACCCUGCAGUGCCCCAGAGGAGGGAACACCUAGCAAUGAACAGGCCCUUCUUACCAUUCCAAAGCCACGUCACUUGGAACAACUGGAGUCUUACUUAAGGAAAGAGCUGCAGACCCUUGACCUGACUAAAGGAAGUUCCCAAGAACUGAAGCUGCAGCCCUACAGAGAGAUCUUUGAAUUCUUCAUAGACAACUUCAAGACCUACAAGCCCUUGCUGUCAGCUAUAAAGAAUGAGUAUGAAGCCACAUUGGCUCAUCAGAAGGAGACAAUCCGUGCCCUAGAGCCCCUGAAGGCCAUGGUCACCACUGUGUCUGAGGAGUGCACCCAGCAGAUAUUAGCACUGCAGGAAAAGGAGAAAGUGGAAAUAAGUACUUUAAAGCAAGAGAAACAUCAUUUGUUAAAGUUUAUUGACAACAUGAAGGAAGAGAAGAGUUCUCUUCAGACCCAGGUGGAACACCUGCAGCUGAGUGUAGCUGAGGAGUACACACGCUACCUCCAGGAGUACGGCGCCCGCAAACUGCUUCUAGCAAAACUGAAUGAGAUGCACAACGAGCAGCUGAACGUGAAACAGCACCAGGUCCAAGGUGACAAGGGUGAAGAUGUGGUGAAGCUCACUCUGGCAUUGAAGAUGGCUCGGCAGGACCUCACAAAAGCCCAAGUGAAGCUGAAUGCAAUGACAGCAGAGUAUGGAGAUGUUGUGCCCAGGAGAGAUUUUGAAUCACUGGAGAAGAAAUACUCUGAUUUACUUCAGGAGAUGAAGACUCUGAGGAAGGAUUUUGAGCAGCUCCAUGAGGAGUAUGAAACACUGCUGGAAAUCCACAGAGAGACUGCAGAAGAGCGAGACAGCUUCCACACCCAACUCCAAGAAGCUGAACGCAGCCACACACCCCGGCCCAACUGGGCAAAGUGUUCAGAAGUGAUUCCUGGCGGAGUGGAGCGGUGGGGAUGUCUGGCAGAGGGGAAGAGCAGCAAUCAGCUGGUGGAUGUGCUUCUGGAAGAAAUAGGAACAGGAGUGCUAAAAGAGAUGAAUGUCUUCCACGGAUGGGGCAAAGGUGACAAGGUUCCUGUGUACCUGAGGUAUGAAGGUGACAUCAAGAACAAAAAGCCAACUAAGAAGGAUGUGGUGAACAUCCUGAAGGACAUCUGGAGAGAGAAAAUUGCACUAGACCAGCAGACAGGAAAGCAAUCCAGUCUUCCUGAGUUCUUUCUCAGCUACCUCCAGAAGAAGUACGGAGAUGCCUCUGCUGUGGAAUGGUCUUACAAUCUGUAUGAGUACAUGCGACUCUGUCCAUCAAACCACAUCAUGAGCUCAUUCUAUGAGAUACUCACUGGAAAGGUAGCUGAAGAGCAAUAUUAUGACCAGAAUCAGCUGAUUUCUGACCUGCAGAAAAAGCUGGCUGCCUGUGACAGUUCCAGCAAUGGGUCCCUGCCCAGCGAGCAGUUCAGAAUGGCUCUGAAGGAGGCUUUUCCUCUGAAAAGAAGAGAUGCAAUCCAAGAGCUGGUUGAUGCAAGCAGGUUCAAUCUGGACAGUGAUGAAGACCUCAUUGACUACACAUCCUUAUUCAAAGAAGAUGAAGAGGGGAACCCUGAACCUUUUGUUGCAAAGCUCAGGAACCAGUAUAUCAGUGAGAAGCAGGAGUACCUGCAAGAGCUAAAGAACAGCCUGGGAGAUGUAACCAGAGAGGUGGAUGCAGAUGAUCUGAAGGCAGCCUUCUACAGGAUUGAUCCUGAGAUCAAUGAUCAGAUGCUAGAUGCCUACAUCAGCCUGGUCUACCAGGCCAAAAGAGAACAGCCUGACCAAGAAGUUGUGCCUGUGGACACCGUGCUGGAGAGUCUCCGUGCUGGAAAUGUGAGAAGAGUAGGGCCCUCACCCAGGAAAGAAAGCACAACAGACUCUGAAGGAGAGUAAGGAGGCUUCCCAUAUUAAGAAUAAAAAGCCUGUUUGAUCUGCAA